CUUUAUCAUUACCAUUGAACUAGGCUAUCCAACUGCACGGGGCUUUCGUGUUUUAGAACUGAAUCUGAUUCAUAGGAAAGUGCAACAGCAAAUAUGGAACAACCUACCGAAGCACCUGUGCCCCGCUAUGACAGGGAUGAGCUUCUCGGAAGGGGGACAUUUGCCUCUGUGUACGGACUAAGUUCACACACGGUCGUCAAGAAAAUUUUAAAAGAUGGGAUGGACAAAGUAUUACACGUCAGAGAGGAGGAAGCAAUGAGAAGAAUGGAUCACCCCAACGUCCUAAAAUUGAUAGGCGUCGCAGAAGACAAUGAUUUCAAAUAUCUGGUACUUGAACGAUGUAUGGGUACUGUUAAGGACUAUAUUACCGGUGAUAAAAAGUUCGAUGAAAUGCCACCGGAGGUUGAAGCUUUGAGGCAAAUGGCAAACGGACUAGCUUACAUUCACUCUCAAGAGGUUGUUCAUCGAGAUAUUAAGCCAGCAAACGUGCUCAUUUCUUCCGGUUUUGUCCUAAAAAUUGCGGAUUUCGGGUGCUGUAAACCCACGGCGCCAGACGGAUCUAUGUCUGUAACUAGCGGCCCUAAAGGAACCAAGACUUAUUUCGCACCGGAGUACCUGCGACUAGAGGUCGAGAACGUUACAGCUGAAGAAAGGAAAAACAUUAGAGCAGACAAGUCAAUCGACAUUUUUUCAUUGGGCUGCCUUUUCUUCACUUACAUAGUUAACAAAGGAAUUCACAUUCAUCUAUUUGCAACCCCGGGACGGACAUUUAAGCUUUCAGAAUCAUACGAAAGUAAAGUAGCUAAUAAUAUUCUUAGCGACAAAAAAUUUAUGGAAGAAAAUGGAAUGCCAAGAGGACACUAUGCGUUUGAAAUGAUUGACGGAAUGACUCAAGCUCUUUCUAAAAACCGCUGGCCUUUGGAAGACGGUGAACCUGGAAUAAAUUCAGUGCUCGGCACUAUAAACACGGAACUGCAACGUCAACAGUCGCAAUAAUUCACCACACUUUCAUAUUCAGAUCAACAGAUUUUUGAAAAAUCUUAUUAGUAAAGAUGAAACGUUUAGACACACUAAUCGUGUGACAUGACUUGUUUCGUCUUAGACAUCUUUUAGUAGCCCCAUUCUUAUGCUUAUCAUGUAUAUACCUCAUUUACUCGGCUAACGCCAAUCUCCUGGGUCGAUCCGGAUGUUUGUGCGAUAGCUGCAAAGUAUCCUCGCGUAGAAACUUGAGUAGCUAUCUCUUACUGUGUAGUAAAAUAACGAAAUCAAUGAUACAGCAUUACCUAGAAA